CAAAGGACAAAGAUGAGGGCAGAUCUUGCUGGGGACGGACGGAAGAACCCUCUUUUGCUAAAUCUGCCGUCCUCGCUGGUUCAUUCCCCACCCGUCCCGUCCACUCCACUCCCGAAAAGGAUGAAUUGGAAAAAGAAAGAUCCCGUCCUGCUUUCACACCACGUACGAAACCCUAUAUGAACCCCAUCACCUCAUUCUCUUCUAAUACCUCGCACAACACAGACAGGCAUCUCAGAGAGAGAAAGAGAGAGAGAGGGACAGGAAGAUGGCCUCUAUCUGUGUUUGUGGAGUGAAGGUUUCUGGGUCGUGUUUCUUGUUUUGCUGAGGUUAGGCUGCUCGGAGGGACAGAUGGUGCCGGCGGCUUUCGUGUUCGGGGACUCGCUCGUGGACGUGGGCAACAACAACCACUUGCCGGUCUCGCUCGCCAAGGCCGACUUCCCGCACAACGGCAUGGAUUUUCCCAACAAGAAGGCCACCGGAAGGUUCAGCAACGGCAAGAACAGCGCGGAUUUUCUCGCUGAGAAGUUGGGCUUGCCGCCGUCGCCGCCGUAUCUCGCCCUUGUCUCCAACUCCAGCAAGAGCAAUUCUUCAUCGCAAUUCCUCACCGGCGUCAGCUUCGCCUCCGGAGGUGCUGGCAUCUUAGAUGGCACUGCUGACAAAUACAAACAAUCGAUCCCUUUGACCAAGCAAGUGGAAUACUACCUCGCGGUGCACGAAAGCCUGGUGCAACACAUGGGAUCGUCUGGCGCAAAGCAGCACGUAACCAAGUCCCUUUUCAUCAUCGUCAUCGGAAGCAACGACAUCUUCGGCUACUCCGGAUCCUCCGAUCUCCGCAAGCAGCACACGCCGCAGCAAUACGUCGACCUCAUGGCUUCUUCGCUGAAGGAUCAGUUGAAGCAUCUCCACAGUUAUGAUGCGCGCAAGUUCGUGUUCGUGGGGCUCCCGCCGAUCGGAUGCUGUCCGUCGCAGAGGAACCAGAACAAGACGGCCGCAUGCAAGGAGGACACGAAUUCCUGGUCGCGCAUGUACAACACGGCGCUCCAAGCAAUGUUGAAGGGAUUGAAGGCCGAGCUCAAUGACAUAAGCUACAGCUACUUGGACACCUACGCCGUCGUGCAAAACUUCGUCCUGAAUCCAUCUGCUCACGGUUUUACAGAGGUCAAAGCGGCCUGUUGCGGUCUUGGUAACCUGAACGCGAAAGUCGGAUGCUUACCGAUCUCGCAUUACUGCCCCAACCGGCGAGACCAUGUGUUUUGGGAUCUAUAUCAUCCCACAGAAGCGGCGGCCCGCAUGUUCAUAGACAAGGUCUUCCACGGCGCGCCGCAGUACGCAUACCCGAUGGAUGUCCAGCAACUGGCCACUGUCGGGGCUUAAGCAAAACAAACAAUCCAAAUUGGAAGAUUUUUUUGUUUUUUGAGACAGUAGGAUUACAUGCUACAUGUUGUCAAUCUUCAAAAAGCGAUUCGGUAUAUGGGGAUACUUGGGUUAAGAAAAAUCGUUGCUUUUAAAGAAGUCAUUCUGUUGCCUGGCUUUGUACGUCAGAAGAAAGAGCAUCGUCAGUUGAUAUAAUCUCAAAAUGUUACCUGCGUUAA